UAUAAACCUAAAACACCCAAAAGAAAUAUAUAUACAAAGAAAGAAAAAGAAAAAUAAAACAAGCAUAACGACUACGCGCGUGUACAAUAAAAGGAUUUUUGGAGACCGACAAGGCCACGGACGGACUUUGAUAAAAUCAACAAGAGGGCGCUGAGGAUUAUAAUCAACGAAAAAGGAAUAACAGCAACAAGCACUGGCAGUUGUCAUAAAAUAAAAGCGCUAGCGUCAGUAAUGCCCAUCAGGACCAACAGAUAGAAAUGUUCACAAGCCCGAGGACAGCUACAGAAAGAUGAACACAUUGCAUUUGGAAGCUGACGAUCAAGGUCAAGCCAGCUCAACAAUCAACAAUAGAUAGUGGAUUCCGAAAAGCUGUGGUUCCGUGCAACAGCGUUAAGAACAAAUUCCAAAGAUACUAAAGAUUUGUUGACGAGAAGUUGAACGCGCUGACUAUGUGGCAUUGCCAACAGAUGGCACUGCAGUCUCGACUGCUGUGGCCGAUGCUGCUGGUCUUGGCUGCACUUAAUGGCUGGUUGGGUUACGCCUCAGCCUCAACGCACGACGUCUACAACGGUGCCCGACCGGGCCAUCGCAUAGUGCAAACUCGUUAUGGCCGCUUACAUGGUAUGAUUCUGCCCCUGGACAAUUUUCGCUUCCUACGCUCGGUAGAAGUGUUCCUUGGUGUGCCCUAUGCCACGCCUCCAACCAAACAAAACCGUUUUAGCCCAACGCGUGCGCCAGCGCCCUGGGAUGGGAUACGCAUCUCGGACAAAUACAGUCCAGUGUGCCCGCAACGAUUGCCCAAUAUCCAAAAUGAAACCGCCGCCUUGGAGAAGAUGCCGAAAGGUCGCUUAGAGUACUUGAAAAGAUUGCUGCCAUUUUUGGAAAAUCAAUCCGAAGAUUGUUUGUACUUAAAUAUAUUUUCACCCGUUAAUGCUGGCGCUAAUGAGAAGAAGUUGCCUGUCAUCGUGUUCAUACACGGCGAGUCCUUUGAGUGGAGCAGCGGCAAUCCCUACGAUGGGAGUGUGCUGGCGAGCUAUGGUGAAGUGGUUGUCGUGACCCUUAAUUACCGACUGGGUAUACUGGGCUUUCUUAAUGCGAAUCCCAGUCCGCAUGUCCACGCACGUGUCGCCAAUUAUGGGCUGAUGGAUCAGAUGGCGGCGCUGCAUUGGAUACAGCAGAAUAUACAAAAGUUUGGCGGCGACCCAAAUGUUGUUACCUUGGCGGGUCAUGGCACAGGUGCGGCCUGCAUCAAUUAUCUGAUGACUUCGCCGACAAUGGUGCGUGGACUCUUCCAUCGGGCCAUACUCAUGUCUGGAUCAGCAUAUUCGUCAUGGGCCCUGGUCGAGGAUCCAGUGUUGUUUGCCAUUAAGCUUGCCAAAGAGGUGAACUGCACCAUACCAGACGAUUUGAAUAGAAACCAUGAGCAAAUUGUCGAUUGUCUGAGAGAUGUGCCAUUGGAGGAUUUAUAUAGCGCCGAUAUACAGGCACCAAAUUUCCUUACUUCGUUUGGGCCUUCGGUUGAUGGCGUUGUCAUACGACCCGGACAUUCUAGUCUCGAUAUCGAUGAUUUAAUGACGCGCAACUCGAAGCGUUCAUCGGCCGAUGGUGGUGCCCAGGCAGCCGAUGGCAACGGCGGUGGAUCUGGUGCUGGAUCUGCUUUUAGCGGUGGCACUGGCUAUUUUGGUGGGGCGGCUGCCACGGCCAACAUUGGCGGCCAUUAUGACGUACUCUUUGGCGUUGUCACGGGCGAAUCGAUUUGGCGAUUCAGCGCUCAUGACAUACAAAAUGGCUUCGAGGGCGAGAGGCGCGAUAAAAUUAUACGCACUUAUGUGCGCAACGCUUACAACUACCACCUUAAUGAGAUAUUCUAUACGAUUGUCAACGAGUACACGGACUGGGAUCGCACCUCCCAGCAUCCGAUUAACACACGUGAUACGGCUGUAGCAGCGCUAUCCGAUGCUCAGUUCGUGGCACCUAUAGUACGCACUGGGGACAUUUUAGCAGCUAAUUCGCAGCCGCCAGUGAGCUCAGCGAUGCCCAGUGGGGCAGCAAACGCGGCCGCCUCGACUUUGCCAGUUUCGACACAGCCAUCGGGUCGAUGCUAUUUCUACGUGUUCGACUACCAGACCAAAGAUGGCGACUAUCCGCAGCGCAUGGGAACGGUGCAUGGUGAAGAUUUACCGUACAUUUUUGGUGCGCCGCUUGUUGACGGCUUCAGCCACUUCCCGCAGAACUAUACCAAGUCGGAGAUGGCGCUGUCAGAGGCCGUGAUGAUAUACUGGACAAAUUUUGCGCGCACCGGCAACCCGAACGAGCAUCAUCGCCAGGACUCUGUGCUGCCCGUUUCAAAGGAACGCAAUCGUUUUCGCAGUAUCACAUGGGAGAAUUAUGAUCCAUUGCAUCAAAAGUAUUUGGAAAUAGGCAUGAAGCCGCGCAUUAAGAAUCACUUUCGCGCUCACCAACUCUCCAUUUGGCUGCGUCUGAUACCCGAGCUACAUCGAGCUGGUAUGGAGGAUGUGAUAGCACGGCACAAUCUAUUUCGCAAUCACGACGAUAUGGAAUUGUACGAGGGACCGGUGAAGCCAGAUCCAUUUGGGCUCUCAACAGGCACAACAUCAUCGUCAUCUUCUGCCUCAUCCUCAUCCUCGUCGCGCCUCCUGCUUAUAGAUGAGCAAUUGAUGCUGAAGAAAGGACGCGGCCUGAAUGCCUCGACCUAUUUAAAUGGCAUAUUGGGUGUUACCACUGUAGAGCCAAACAACAUGUACACAACGUGUAUACCAAUUGGCAGCAACUACACAGGCAGCGGAGGCGGCGUAUUUUCACCGACGACAUUGGCCAAUGCCUCGACUGAUACCCUAGCAUCCGGCUUUGAGGCGGCAGGUUAUGCGGCAUAUUCGACAGCGCUGAGCGUAACGAUUGCCAUCGGCUGCAGCCUGCUCAUAUUGAAUGUGCUGAUUUUUGCGGGCGUUUACUAUCAACGGGACAAGACUCGGCUGGAGGUGAAGACACUGCAGAAGCAGUACCAGCAGCGCAGCAUGCAUCAGCAGGUGCCAUAUCCACCGGAGCCCAUUAAGCAUGCACAUUAUCAUAUGGGCCAUUCGCAGAGCGCCAAUGUGAUUGUCGAUGUGGAGAGCCAUGGCCAAGAUCAGGCUGGCGGACAGGCGGUCAUGCUGUUACAGGCGGCUGCCGCAGCAGCCAACGAGGCUGGGAAGCCGCCCCCACCACACAUUUGCGGCAACACGGCGGUGCAGCAGUCGCAACAAGGAGGUGGCAGUGGCAGUAUGCUCAAUAAUAUGGCUAUGGAUGGCAAAAAGGCUGCGGAUAACUUGGCCAAUGUCGCCUAUAGUACCAGCAGCAAACAACAACAGCAGCAACAACAGCAGCGCGAGCAUAUGCAAAUCAAGGGCAUAGGCGGCGGUACCCAAACCUUUGGACGUGGCAAUGGGGCAGCUGCUGGUGGUGCUGUUGGUGUCAGCAACAGCAACAACAGUGGCGCCUCGGUUGUUGUCUCAGGCAGCAGCGUUAGCUACAAUCCCGGACUAAUGACAUUGCCCAAGGCAAGUCAAUUGCAUCAUGCCGCAACUUUGAACUAUGCGCGCAACACAGGCGCCUUAAAUUUGGCGGGCGGUGGCACCGCCCUCGUGGAUAGUCGCGGCAAUGUGCUGCUCACUAGUACAGGCGGCAACGGCGGUGGCGGUGUCGGUGGCGGCAACGGGGAUUGCAUGACACUGCCACGGAAUCUCAAUCUGUCGUCAGCGGCGCGCCAUAAUCCAACGACAGAACUACAACAAUAUCAACAACAGCAGCAGCAACAGCAGCAGGUUAGCAAACAUCAGGCAAAUGGGGCUGUGUUGACUGGCAUGCAACCGCACUAUAUACGCGGUCCACGCCCACCGUUGCGCACCGCCUCCUCAUCUACAACGACAACCACCAGUACCAGCAGCAUCAUCAACACCGGCAUGGCGGCAAACGGGCCCGGAGGCAAUAUGCUGCUCGAUCAAACGCCAUCGGGCGGCAGCAGCAGCAGCGGCGUCAGCAGCGCUCCCAGCUCCUCCAAGGGCCACAUACACGGACACUCCCACAGCCACAUGACGAACACCCAUGGUGACCCAAUGGUUGCAUCGCAGCUGCAGCAACAGCAGCAAGUGCCACAGGCAGCAAUGGAUGAGAUGCGUGUCUGAUAGGUGUCGGUCUUUGAGUUGGACUUAUAGUCAUUAACGGGGUCAAUAGAGACAUUGCGUGCCGAAACGCCUGAGGACUUCUAUGCGCUGAAAGAGGCACAAAAACUAAACGACCCCGAUGACAGCCAACUCAAUGCGAUACACCAAACAACAGUUUGUACGACUAGGGAUGGAGGAGCAGGCGAUGAGCAGCCGCUGCAACUGAAGAAACUCAAGUUCAAACGGGAGAUUCAUGCUCUGGCGCUCGAGGGCGGCGACGUGGCACGCGGCUACUGUUCCUGCGAUGAACAGUGGACGAACUCAUCCUCACCCACAUCCACGACUACAUCGGCGACCAUAUCGCCCACGCUGACGACCAGAAGUGCCAAUGCCAAAGCUGGUGGCGGCCGUGACAGCGGCAACAGCCGCAACAGGAACGGCAACGGAAACGGAAAUGGAAACGGUAUUGUUAAAAUGGCGACAUUGAAACAGCGCAGCUCUGCCGCCAACGCUGCCGGCUUACGGUUGAAGCAGCAGCAUCAUGUGCGCUUUUCCGACGAGAAGAACUUCUCGGAUUGAGCCGAAAGAACUCGUUAAUUACUAGACUGCACCUAAUCUCUGUUUAGUUUUAAGCAACAUUUUCAUAGGUUAAGAGAAAACGAUUCAAAAUUAAAAUAAAAUCUGAAAAUCUGAAUAUAUUAAAGCAUUGCUAAGCAUAAGAUUACAUACAUGUAGUUAAAAUUUAUAGAACUUAAGCUCUUGUAAAUAAAGUCAAAGUGUUAGUCAAUGUUA